AUGAACGGUAGUCAAAAAAUAACAGAAGAAUUACAGAAAUGUAGUUAUCGGGAUUUACAACUACUAUCGAAACAUUACGGCUUACCUUCUAAUUACAAAAAAUUGUAUCUUAUACAAUUGAUAAUUGCAAGAAAAUUGGGUUUAGAGGAGUCAGUAACAGCCAUCAUUGAAAAAGUCAGAAAAGAACGGCAAAGAAUGAAAAACUCCAAAAAACGAACUCUGAAUAGUCAGAUGAAAACUAAAAAGUUACCAACAUUUUCCCCACCAAUAACUGCAACUCCAAGACUUAAAUUGGCCAGGAAUAUGACAGAUAUUCAUAUUUCAAAAUAUAAUACUCGUCAGAGCCUCCUUGCAAGAUUAAUGAAUGCUGAUACCCCAAAAAACUUGGAUGACCAUCAGACUUUGAAACAAUAUGAAAAUCUGAGUGUGAGAAAUUACCAAAGGAAAACAAAUCAAUUGGUUGAUGAACAAAUACACAAAGUUAAGCUAACAUCACAAUGUAUCAUGAAACGUCAAGUGAAUGCAGAUAUUAUUAUGAGGAAAGAUAAUGUGAAAGUUAUGUAUAAUACCAGUGCUACUCAAACUAUUGCACCUCUACCGGCGAAACGACAGAGAAUCCUGAGUGGUAUAUAUCCAAUACAGAGCAAUCCCAUGGUAAAGCUUCAAAAAGCUGAUUUGACCCUACGCAGAAAUGAUGGAACGGUCUCAAAAGUUAACGCCUUUAUCCAGGAGAAACCGCCACCAACCAGUGAAAUAAUAAGAGAUGUCUUACAAGAUCUAGAGAGAAAUAACUCGGAACAUAAUUUUAUACAAAGAAAUAUGUCUAUUGAUUCGGCAUUUUGUGAAGCGAACACAUCCAUCGCAACAAACGAUGGUAUAGAAAUUCUGUAUUAUGAAAAACGCGUUGAAGAAACGAAAUAUGAAACAUAUAAAGAGAACAGUUUGCCAAAAAUUGCAGAAGUUUUCAGCAAAUUCCAUCAUCGGGAUUAUGAGCAACAAUUAUUUGUACAAGUUAGCGCCGAAUCUGAUGCGUGUUCGCAUUCCACAUACAUGCCUCAAACCACCGUUCAGACAAUCCAAUUGGAGAAAAUAUAUAACAUCAAGUCACCCUUUACAAAUUCUUCACUCUUACAAAUCGGUACGAAGAGUAAAACCACAUGCACAAACAGCACAAUGACUAUUAUGUCCACGAAGGUGUACCCAACAUCCACAGUUAUAUCGCACAAUGCUUAUCCUAGAUACGAUGUAAAUUACGCAAACGGAACGGAUCAUGUCGAUAUGUUACUUUGCAAGGAACCAAUGCAGAAGCCGGAUAAUUCAGAUUAUUUAAAUAAUCAUAUCGCAGAAUCCAGUGAGACCACUUCGUUUGACAGAAAUGGUGGAAAUGUUACCAUACCAGAAAUGGUUGAAGACGCUUUAGAGGUUAUAAGUCAGGAUGAGGAAUACAUGAAGUGUGUAGACAUAGAUACAAAAGUAAACUGUGUGUUGUGCAACUGGUGCGGACCGGGUAUUGUCGUCGACUAUCAUAUGCAAAAGAUCCACGAAAAUGAAGUUAUGAAGCAAGUAACGAAUGAUUGGAACAUCACAUUCACAUUGGGAGCGUUGGUACAGGAACCUCUUUGGUGCAGCCGUGUUUUGGAAUAUGAAUCUAUUUUCUAUGUUCUGAGUGCGAAAUACGAAGAACCUGACGUGUUCAUGGCUACUCUGACGUCACAUUCCACGGAUUUUACAUUCAAAACCGGUUCUAUUACGGUUUUCAAUAAAACUACUGGUGAACCAUUUACGUUAUAUAACUAA